UCACAACUCUGUCAGUGGCUGAUCUUCCGUGGUGCAAUUUUGCCAGGAGAUUUAAUCACAAUCCAGACGAGUUUUCAGUAGUGCGCCCAGGAGUACAGUGAUCAGAUGAUUAUGGUGUUGCGAUUGGGCGCAGAUCCGACGACAGACAACAAGAGCAGCGCGCUGAAAUGAGCUGGGAGCGCUUCGCGAGAGGGACGCUUCUUGUCACGUCCCUGGCCGUGACUUCCGUGCUGCUGACCGCCUCCGAGGUCCGUGGGGGCGACAAUGUGGAGAAAUUGACCCACUGCCGCGACAGCAGCGAGAGAUCAUCGGAGAACAGAUUACUCUUUGUCACCACAUUGGACGGUCGCCUGUCGGCUCUGGACGUGGACGGCUCGGUGCGGUGGAGUGUGCCCACUGGUCCGGGCAGCCUGCUCUCCUCCAGCAUCCACAGUCUGGAGCUCACGAACAACGGCCGGAUGGUGCGCAUGAUUCCGUCGCUGAGCGGAAGCCUGUACCAAUUCGACGGGCAGACAAUCGAGGCCAUCCCCAUCACAGCCGACCAGCUCCUCACGGCCUCCUUCAAGUUCUCCAACGACGUCGUCAUCUCGGGCGGCAAAGAGACCCGAUCUUACGGCAUUUCCAUGCGCACUGGCCAGGUUAUCUACGAGUGCAGCAUCGGAGGCUGCCAGAACCGCACGGAUGCGCUCGAGGAGGGCGUCGGUCAGGUGCACGAUCCCCUCCUUGACGACGUCAUCAUUCUGAGACGCCAAACGCAGACUGUUCGCGCCGUGGAUCCGCGCACGGGCGGCGAGCGCUGGAAUUUCAGCGUCGGACAUCACGAGAUGGACAUCGCGCGCAGUGAGAACUGCCACCUGGACAGCGAGGCUGAAACAGACCUCGGCUAUGAGAUUAAACUGAUUGUUCCCGAAGGAUUGGUGUGUGCCAUCAGCAAGACUUCGCCCAACACAAUCCUCUGGAAGCAUAAAUUCGACUAUCCAAUUGUAAGCGCCUGGCAGUCUGACGGGACGCAGAAUCUGCAGACGCUGAACCUCUUUGACUCUGCUCAAUCCCUGUGGGAUGGCAAUGAAGCGAUACCCAAUCCUGCGAGGGACACAAUUCCGCCAUCAGUUUACUUAGGGAUGUUCAGGAAGCAAGUGUACAUCCAGGAGUCGGAAGUAAUGCGGAAAACCUUGCAACCGCCGUUCGGAUUGGAUGACAAGAAGGCGCAAAAGUACUCGAAGAUCCCGUGGAAACCUUAUCCGGCGGCGACAUCCGCCUGGAAGCUCAUUCAGUACGACACGGAGACGAUAUCAGAGAGUGAGGAGGAGUCGCUGGAGAGCAAAGGCACUGCCUUGUCUGUGCUGUACGCCUCGGAGUUCGUCAACGGCAACGGAUUCUAUCUCUAUCCGGCCGUCGAGGAGAAACAUCCGCUCUGCGACAAACACAAUCUGACGUCGCAGUCAGAAGUGGUGCAGAGCGAGGAGGAGAGCAAGGAGUUGCGCAUGAAAGACUUACUAGACGAUCCACUGAAGUUCCGCUUCAAAUCCCUGCUCUUCUGGUGGAAGGAGAUCUUCGUGAUUGCGCUCACGUCCAGCUUCGUCAUCAAUCUCUUCAUCAACAACAGGCGCCAAGUAAAGCCCGAGCGGGAUGUCGUCGUGAUUGAGCGCCUCGUCGAGACACCCUUCGCGAAGCUGCAGGACCACGAUGAUGAAGAGACGGAAGAGAUGCUGGACUUAACGAGGAAUCGAUCGCUGUCCGAGUCCAACAAUGGCGAAAGCUACACGUCUCGCUUCACGACGGACUUCGAGAUGCUGCAGUGCUUGGGCAAGGGCGGAUUUGGUGUGGUUUUCGAGGCUAAGAACAAGAUCGACCACUGCAAGUAUGCCAUCAAGAGGAUUGUGCUGCCCAGCAAGAAGGAGAGCCGCGAUCGCGUGAUGCGCGAAGUGCGCACGCUGGCCAACUGUGAGCACCAGAACAUCGUGAGGUAUUUCCAGGCGUGGGUGGAGACACCGCCGCCGGGCUGGCAGGACAACGAGGACCGCAUCUGGAUGGCGCGCGAGGCCAUGUCCACGUCCAUCGACAUCGGCACGCCCACGGAGACUUCCUUGCCACCGUCGUACGAGAGCAGAACUGAGAGUGCCAAGAGCACGCCGGCGAAGAAAGCUAAUGAGUGGAUCUUCAAGCUGAACAUGCAGAAUGGCGACGUCUUCAGUGAGGAGGAUUUGGGGACAAAGUCACGUGAUAGGGCUGACGAUGACUCGUCAUUCAUUCAGUUCGAGGACAGCGGAGCCGAUUGCGCAGUAUUCAAGAACGGCGAGGACGACGACGACUCCUUCAUAGAGUUCCGCCACAACGCCACUCUGGACGAGAGGGAGUCCAAGAGUCCGCUCCUGCCGACGCACUUCACGCACUCCAAGCUGGAGAGCUCUUGCGGCGAAAGGAGACGCAGCCGACGGAAGCGCCCGAUGUCGCUGGAUCUCACGAGCGAGGGCGGCGUGAUCUUCGGCCCGGCCAGCACGACGCGAAUGUACUUGUACAUUCAGAUGCAACUGUGCCAAAAGCAGAGCCUGAAGGAGUGGCUGCAGAUCAGCAGUCAGCCGGAGAGGCAAGACCAGGUCAUCCCGAUCUUCGACCAGAUCGUCAGAGCUGUGGAAUAUGUUCACGAGAAGGGACUCAUCCAUCGAGAUCUCAAGCCCAGUAAUAUCUUCUUCUCGCUGGACGGGCAGAUCAAGAUCGGCGACUUCGGCCUGGUGACUGACAUGGCGAGCAGCGACGAGAGCGACGCGCGCAAGUCGCCGCUGGAGCCCAAGAAGACCCACACGCAGAAGGUGGGCACGCAUCUGUACAUGUCGCCGGAGCAGAUGGCGGGCAAGCACUACGACUACAAGGUGGACAUCUACUCGCUGGGCCUGAUCCUGUUCGAGCUGCUCGUGAUCUUCGGCACCGAAAUGGAGCGCAUUAAGACGCUGGAGGGCGUGCGCUCCAACACAUUCCCACCGGAUUUCCCACAGCGGCACACCAGCGAGUACGCGCUGCUGCAGCUGAUGCUCUCGCGGGAUCCCGGUCAGCGCCCCACGACGUACGGCAUCCGGGCUCGGCCGCCGCUGGGCCAGCCGGAUGUCAAUCCACUCUAUCACUUCGUCCUGCCGCCCAGGCGCCAAGACAGCCGCGGAAGUACAGGAAGCUCCUCGGGCCUGAGCCGGGAGUCCAUCUGAUCGUCAUUCUAUGUUAUCACAGUAAUUGUAAGGAGCACCAGACACCCGAAAGAGACUAUAAUAAAGAGAAUUAAGGGAUAAGAGAAAGUGA